AUAUACUACGGCUAUCGUGGUGUCAUUCUAGUGAUUGUGAAGUGUGAAUUUAUUAAAUAAAAUAAAAUAAAAUAAAAUGGCCGACACAGCUAUAGCAACCGAAGCGCCGGCACCUGCGACCCCUGCGAAGAAACCGAAAGCGUCCGCGGCCGCCGCCGGUGGCGCCGCCGCCAAGAAACCGAAGGCGAAACCUACUCAUCCUAAAACAUCCGAAAUGGUGAACAGCGCCAUCAAAGAGUUGAAGGAACGUAGCGGUUCGUCGCUUCAGGCGAUCAAGAAAUACAUCGCGGCUCAAUACAAAGUCGAUUCUGAGAAAUUGGCUCCGUUCAUCAGAAAGUAUCUCAAGAGCGCCGUCGAAUCGGGUGCACUGAUACAGACGAAGGGAAAGGGCGCAUCGGGUUCGUUCAAACUAGAGUCGAAAUCGUCCGCUUCGAAGAAACCGGCCGGUGCCGGAGUCGGAGGCGCGUCCGGCGGCAAGGCCGCAUCCUCGGCCGCUUCGGGUAAGUCGUCGAAGGCGAAGGCGACGUCCUCCGCUCCCGUCGCCGGCAAGGGCGGCGCCGCGGGCAAGAAAGCGGCCGCCGGCGGUGCGUCGUCCGGCGGUGCGGCGGCGUCAUCGCCGUCCAAAUCGAAGGCGAAGGCGACGAUAAAGGAUAAAAAAGCGGCAGCCGCUAAAAAGAAACCGGCAGCCGCCAAGAAGGCCGUCGCGGCGGCCGCUCCUUCGAAGGCGAAGGGCGCCGCGUCGAAGGCGAAGAAGACUGCGAAACCGCCGACUAAGAAACCCAAAGCCCCGAAACCGAAGAAGGCCGCCGCCGCUACGCCUAAGUCGAAACCGGCAGCUAAGAAAGCCUCCGCCGCCGCCGCUAAAAAGUAAGUCGCCUGCAGCCGCCGCCGCAGCGGUGAUAAUAACGAUGACAUCUUUCAAAAGUAUCAUCAAAAACAAAAACAACAACAAAAACAACA